AGUACCCUCGUAGUUCCAAUUCCAUGGAAUCUUUUUCUCUUUGAACCCUCUUCUGGGUUCUGGGUUGCUAAGACCAGCUGCAAAAUCCUUAAUUUUUUGUCUCUCUGUCACGUCGUGCAAAAACCCUAAACCCUGGAAAUUUUUCAAAAUUGUUUGAAGUGAAAGUUUGGUAAUUGGGUUUCCCCAAACGAAAGUGUAAAAUCCGAUUCUUUAACCGGGAAAAUGGUGGAGGUGUGGUGGUCACUGAUAGGAGCAGCAGUACCUGCACUAGUUGCAGGUCAAGCAUGGAGGAUAAAGAAGAGACGUGGAGAAGAAGAGCGGAUUAAGAGUGCUCGAGGGAGAGAGAAGAGCUCUGAUGAAAUCUUUGUCUGUGAAAGAGUUUGCACUUCUAAAAGAAUGCUGAAGAAAGUUGGUGCUUUCUCUAAAGAUCCCAUUCCCGACACUUGUGUUACUGUCUGCGGCGUAUCUGAGCUUGACGCUUGCUCUGAUGCUUGUGCUCGAACCGUCUGCGUUAACCAGCAUCAAGUUGCUAAUUGGAAUGACAUUUGUCUCAGAAGAUGUCAAAGUGAAUGUCUUAAGCUCUCUUCUUCUUCUCGUUCUUCUUGAAUUUUGAACACUAUGAUUUGUUGUUGUUAACGUUACCUUUUGAAAUGGAAAUGGUAUUUGAGUCUGAAGUUUCAAAA